CACCGCUAGCAGCGCCGGGAAGAGCCAGUUCUCGGAGAUUGCAAGCGGCAGCAUCAUCGAUGACGGGACUAGUUCGCUUCCAUCUUCAAGUGGCCAGAUCCUGGAGAGGCCUAAUUUGAAAGUGUUCAGUUUCGGGGACCUGAAAUCCGCGACAAAGAGCUUCAAAUCAGAUACAUUGCUCGGUGAAGGUGGGUUUGGCAGAGUAUAUAAAGGGUGGUUGGAUGAGAAGACACUCACACCAGCAAAGGCAGGGUCAGGGAUGGUGGUUGCUAUCAAGAAAUUGAACUCUGAAAGCACUCAAGGGUUUCAAGAGUGGCAGUCAGAAGUAAACUUCUUAGGAAGGCUUUCUCACCCGAACCUGGUAAAGCUAUUAGGGUACUGUUGGGACGACGAUGAGCUUCUACUUGUGUAUGAGUUCAUGCCAAAGGGGAGCUUGGAGAAUCAUCUUUUCAGAACAGGGAAUCCUAACAUAGAACCACUUUCAUGGAACACCCGAAUUAAGAUAGCUAUUGGCGCAGCAAGGGGCCUCGCUUUCUUGCACGCUUCCGAAAAACAAGUCAUAUACAGAGAUUUCAAGGCUUCAAAUAUACUACUUGACGGGAAUUACAACGCGAAAAUAUCGGAUUUCGGCUUGGCUAAAUUGGGCCCUGCUGUGGGAGCAUCACAUGUAACUACCAGAGUCAUGGGCACAUAUGGCUAUGCUGCUCCGGAGUACAUUGCAACAGGUCACUUGUAUGUGAAGAGUGAUGUCUACGGCUUUGGCGUAGUUCUACUUGAAAUGAUGUCAGGCUUGCGCGCGCUCGAUACAAAGCGGCCGACAGGGCAACAGAAUCUGGUUGAAUGGGUUAAGCCUAAUCUCUCCAACAAGAGAAAGUUGAAAACCAUAAUGGAUGCUAGGAUUGAUGGCCAAUAUUCACAAAAGGCGGCGCAGCAGGCGGCGCAACUCACUCUGAAAUGCUUGGAACCGGACCCCAAAAACCGACCGUCGAUGAAAGAAGUUGUGGAGGCAUUGGAAGCCAUAGAAUCAAUGCAAGAUAAAUCCAAGGAGUCCAAGAAUAGAGGUUCUCAUUCUUCUGCAGCCUCUAAGAGUCACCAUCAUUCAAGGCAAAGAGUUUCAAAAGCAAAAGUAUGAGAAAAAAAUUGUGAAACAUUUGGCAAAAUGAUCUUAUUGAAUAGUAAUAUAUGAUCCAAUCAAUAUGAAUUUUUAAUUUUUAAUUUUAUUUUAAUUUAUUUGUUUC